UGAAAGCACGGACGUGGCUCGUGCAGCUCCUUUAAAUGCCACUUCAGAGUAGGAAAUGAUGCAGUUUGCAGAUUCAGCAGCUUCGUUUUGAAAUGAACAAGUUCUUUGCUGGGAUGGCUCUGCCACCUCCAGAUCCCCAGUUUGUGCUCAGAGGUACCGGUGCUGCCAUCCACACUCUGCACUUCUCCUGUGGAGCCCCAGAACCCGAGAUCCCUGUUCUGUUCUCGGGGUCUGAGACCGGGUUUAUCCAUGUCUGGAACCUGAAAACACACAGAGUGGACACAGCACUGGAUGGCCAUGGAGGAAAAUCUGUCUGCUGUGUGGAGACAAUGGGUGGUAAAGACAGGCUGCUCAGCCAGGGCCGGGACCAGAGGAUCUGCCUGUGGGAUUUAGCAGAGGGCCGGAGCGCGGUGACGGACUCUGUCUUCACGGAGCACGUGGGAUUCUGCAGAUGCUCCCUGCUGAAGGUGGCACAGGGACGCUGGCUGAUGGCCACGGCAGCCAAAGGCCUGGAGGAGGUUCAGGUUUUGGAGCUGCCAUCCAAGACGUCAGUCUGUACCUUGAAGCCAGAGGGGGGUGCCAAGCUGGGCAUGCCCAUGUGUCUGAAGUUAUGGCAGCUCAGCUGUGGUUCACAACCUUUGCUUCUGGCUGGCUAUGAAGAUGGAUCAGUGGUCCUCUGGAAUGUGACAAUGGGAAAAGCUCUGAGCCAACUCGUUUGCCACCAGGAGCCAGUGAUGAGCCUUGACUUUGACUCAGAGAAGGCCAAGGGGAUCUCGGGCUCAUCCGAAAAGGUGCUUCGCAUCUGGAGCCUCAAUGAGCAACAGAACCUCCAGGUUUACAGAACACAGGAACUUGUCAACGCUGGCAUAUCUGAUAUCACCAUCCGUCCAGACAAGAAGAUUUUAGCCACAGCAGGGUGGGAUCAUCGCAUCAGGAUCUUUGGCUGGAAAAAACUGAAGCCCUUAGCAGUGCUGGACUAUCACACAGCAACUGUCCACUGUGUGUCCUUCUCAGAUCACACAAGGCCCCGUGAGAGACUGCUGGCAGCUGGCUCCAAGGAUCACCGCAUCAGUGUCUGGUCGAUAUACACCCAGAGCUGACACCCUGCAGCAGCAC